AUGAGGAUUGUGCUGCUGGGAGGCAGCGCUGCAGGGAAGAGUUCAUGUGGAAACACCAUCCUGGGCAGACAGGAGUUCCAGACUGCAGGAAGAACAGCUGAGUGUGUGAAGAGAGAAGGAGAAACAGCAGGCAGACACAUCACUGUAGUGGAGGCACCAGGAUGGUGGAAUAACUGCACUAUAGAGGAAACCCCUGAAUGUGAAAAACAAGAUAUUGUCCUCAGUGUUUCUCUGUGUCCUCCCGGACCCCAUGCUCUACUCCUGGUCAUUAGGCUGGAUAGGCCAUUCAGACAGUUCCACAGAAAAGCACUGCAGGAACACUUGGAGCUUCUGGGUGAAAGUGUCUGGAGUCACACCAUGGUGCUGUUCACUGGGGGAGACCGCAUGGAAGACAAAAGCAUUGAGCAGCACAUUGAGAGUGGAGGAGAUGCUCUGCAAUGGGUUGUAGAGAAAUGUGGGAACAGGUACCAUGUUCUAGAUAAUAAGAGGAGAAAUGUUGGUCAGGUGACAGAGCUGCUGGAGAAGAUAGAGGAGAUGGUGGCAGGAAACAAUGGUCAUCACUUUGCCUUUGAAAACAACAUGAUGAUUACACUGAUAGAUAAGAAGAAGGAUGAAAAGACAAGAGCAGAGCAAAGGAAGAUGAAGGUGCAGAAACUCAGGUCAUCAGCAGGAAGUGCUCCCCACAUCUCAGAUAUGAGGAUUGUGCUGCUUGGAUACAGAGAUGCAGGCAAGAGUUCAUCUGGAAACUCCAUCCUGGGCAGACAGGAGUUCCAGACUGCAGGAAGAACAGCUGAUUGUGCAAAGAGAGAGGGGGAAACAGCAGGCAGACAGCUCACAGUAGUCGAGGCUCCAGGAUGGUGGAGGAACUAUCCUGUAGAGGAAACUCCUGAAUGUGAUAAACAAGAGAUUGUCCUCAGUGUGUCUCUGUGUCCUCCAGGACCACAUGCUCUACUCCUUGUCAUUAGGGUGGAUAAGUCAUUCAUAGAGACAUUCAGAAGAGCAGUGCAGGAACACCUGGAGCUUCUAGGUGAGAGAGUGUGGAGUCAAACUUUAGUGCUUUUCACCAGAGGGGACUGGCUGGGGGACACAAACAUUGAGCAGCACAUUGAGAGUGGAGGACAGGCUCUGCAGUGGGUUGUAGAGAAAUGUGGAAACAGGUACCAUGUUUUAGACCAUGAGAAGAGUGAUGAUGGCCAGGUGACAGAGCUGCUGGAGAAGAUAGAGGAGAUGGGGAUGGUGAGCAGUGGUCAUCACUUUGGCUUUGAUAACAACAUGCUGAUUACACUGAUGGAGAAAAAGAAGGAAGAAGAAAGAGGAGCAGAGGAGAGGAAGAUGAUGGUGCAUAAACAGAGAGAGGCUCACAGAUCAUCAGCAGGAGAUGUUGCCCACAUCUCAGACAUGAGGAUUGUACUGUUGGGAAACAUUGUUGCUGGAAAGAGUUCUUGCGGAAACACCAUCCUGGGUAGACAGGAUUUUCAUACUUCAGGAACAACAGUUGAGUGUUUGAAGAAAGAAGGAGAAAUAGCAGGCAGACACAUUACUGUCGUGGAUGCACCAGGAUGGUGGAAGGACUAUACUAUAGAGGACACUCCUGAACGUGAUAAACGAGAGAUUAUUUUCAGUGUGUCUCUGUGUCCUCCUGGACCACAUGCACUACUGCUGGUCAUUAGGUUGGAUGCGUCACUCUCAGAGACACACAGAAAAGCAGUACAAGAACACCUGGAGCUUCUGGGUGUGGGAGUGUGGGGCCACACUAUAGUUCUUUUCACCUGUGGGGACUGGCUUGGGAACACAAGCAUUGAACAGCACAUUGCAAGUGAAGGAGAGGAUCUUCAGUGGGUUGUAGAAAAAUGUGGGAACAGGUACCAUGUUCUAGAUAAGAAGAGGAGAGAUAGUGGCCAGGUGACAGAGCUGCUGGAGAAGAUAGAGGAGAUGAUGAUAGUGAACAGUGGUCACCACUUUCGCUUUGAAAACAACAUGCUGAUUAAACUGGUGGAGAAGAAGAGGGAAGAAAAGAGAAAAGCAGAGAAGAGGAAGAUGAAGGUGCAGAAACAGAAAGAGACUCUCAGAUCAUCAGCAGGAGGUGUUCCACACAUCUCAGACAUGAGGAUUGUGCUGCUGGGAAACAGAAAUGCAGGGAAGAGUUCAUGUGGAAACACCAUCCUGGGCAGACAGGAGUUUCAGACUCCAGGACGAACAGCUGCAUGUGUGAAGAGAGAAAGAAAUACAGCAGGCAGACACAUCACUGUAGUGGAGGCUCCAGGAUGGUCGAUGAACAACACUGUAGAGGAAACUCCUGAACAUGAUAAACAAGAGAUUGUGCUAAGUGUAUAUUUGUGUGCUCCACAACCCCAUGCUCUACUUCUGGUCAUAAGGGCAGAUUUGCCUUUCAUAGAGACACACAGAAAAGCAGUACAAGAACACCUGGAGCUUCUGGGUGAGAAAGUCUGGAGUCACACUAUAGUGCUGUUCACCUGUGCGGACUGGUUGGGUGACACAAGCAUCGAGCAGCAUCUUGAGAGUGGAGGAGAGACCCUACAGUGGGUUGUAAAUAGAUGCGGGAACAGGUACCAUGUUGUAGACAAUAAGAAGAGAGAUGGGGGCCAGGUGACAGAGCUGCUGGAGAAGAUAGAAGAGAUGGUGGUGGUGAACAGUGGAGAGAACAUUAAGACAAAGGUUACAGGUAAGCAGCCUCUUAUUGGGCAGCUGCUGUGCUGCGAUGAAUUUUACAUCAGGCUGGUAUGGCGCACUUCCCAUGUCCAGGGCACUGCUCCCUUACUUGCUUGA